AUGGAGGAGAAACCACCAGUACGGAAGAUGAAAUUUGCUCCAAAAGCUCCCCCCAAACGUGUGCCAAAACCGGAAGUUAAACCUGAAGUGGUUGAGAAUGAUAAUACUAGUGCACAGGCUACGGAGUUGCUACGCAGAGUCACUGAAAGAUCAUUGCGUAGGCCGAAAGGGGACAAGAAAGUUUCUGCUUCCCAAGUUGCUUGGAUGGGAGGUGUGGUAAAUUCCACGAGAUCAAAUAAGUAUCACGAUUCAGCUGGUGCUUAUGGCUCAAACACUACGCAGGAGAUAGAGUACAAAGAACCAUGGGAUUAUUACAGUUAUUACCCAAUCACACUUCCGUUGAGAACACCCUACGCAGGGGAUCCAGAGCUUCUUGACGUGGAGGAAUUUAUGCAGGCUGCGGGAAAUCAUGAAGAGUCACUCAACACAGCCGCUAAUCUCGGUCUGAUGGAAGAUAGUGGAGAACAGAAAAUGCUACUUAUGAGGUUACCUUCCGUUCCUUUGGUAAAUCAAUCAGCAGCAAGAACAGAAAAUGAUUUAAAGGCCACUUUGCCAGAAGGUUUCAUGGGGAAACUCCUAAUCUACAAAAGUGGUGCUGUCAAGAUGAAACUCGGUGAAGUGCUUUAUGAUGUUAGCCCAGGAUUGAAGAGCGAGUUUGCACAAGAUGUGAUGGUUGUCGACUCAAGUGAGAAGAAGUGCUGUCUGGUUGGAGAUGUGUACAGGCAUGCAGUUUUGACUCCUGAUAUUGAUUCAAUCUUGAAAGAUAUCGACAAUAUGUGA